GCGAUGCAGGCGGUUCGCGAGACGAUCUACGGCUUCAAGGCCAAGUGGUUCGACCAGCAUGCGCAGAUGCACCGCAACUUUAACGUGCGCUACUUCCACGACAGUCACCACGUCGAGAUCCUCGACUGCAAGACCAACAAGCUCUUCUUGAAGAAGACCGAGUGCCCGUCGUCGGUCGUCGCCAAGGACUUCUUCCUCGGCGGCAAGGUCGUGCUCUUUGGCCGCCACUUUGAGCUCACCGAGUACCUCGACAGCCACACGGCGAGCCAGCUCGCGAAGCAGGCGCAGAAGUCCAUUUUGCUCCUUUCGCACCUCCCAGCGCUUGGCGCGCUCUUCACGCAGCUCCAGCACAACCAGCUCACGCUUUCGUUUGUCAAGAUGUUUUUGCGCGACCGCGUGCCCGUCGUGGCCAUCGAGGUGGUUGGCGACAGCGCCAUUGAGCGUCUUCCCAACGUCGCAGCGACCGUCCAAGGCCGCUUCAACCACCCGCUCGAAGUCGCUGCGUCCGCCUUGGAGGCGCAACAGCUCCACGACCAGUACGUCGAGAAGCCGUGGCCGUCGCCCGCGACGUUUGCCAACUGUACGUGUUGCGUGAUCCAGCCACAUGUGCUCAAGGAGGGCCACGUCGGGUCUGUCAUCGAUGCGAUUCUCGAAUGCGGUCUUUCCAUCUCGGCCAUGGAGCUCUUCCGCCUCGACCGCACGUCCGCGUCCGAGUUUUUCGAGCUCUACGAUGGCGUCGUACCGCACUUCAACGAAGCCGUCGACCACUUGACGAGCGGGCCGUGCAUCGCGCUCGAGCUGCAGGGCUCGGGCGAAGUCGUGCAGCGCUUUCGAGAGAUUGCAGGUCCGUGGGACAUUGACAUGGCGCGGGAGCUCAAGCCGAGCACGAUCCGAGCUCGGUUCGGCGUCGACCGUGUCCAGAACGCGGUGCACUGCACCGACUUGCCCGAGGACGGCGCGCUCGAGUCGCAGUACUUUUUUGACAUCCUGGCCCGCAAAUGACAAGUUGUAUAUCUAUCCAAAGCACCAACUCUACCUCGUGGAUACAUACGU